AUGAUCAGCAGCAAAGUUCCCCUGGAGGAGCUGAAAAGCCUGGUUCGCGCCGAACUGAACUUUGACCGAGCCUUCAGUGUCCUGCAGCGCAAGUAUGACUUUCAGUACGAGAACCUGGUUGAGGUGUUGGAGGCAAUCGACUCGGGGGAAAUAGACAUCAGCAGCGAGGAGGAAAAAGGCAGCCAUGUCACCAGCUAUCACUUCAGUGACGACGAGGAUGAAGAGGGCGACAAAGGAAACGACAGUGAGGAUGACGUGGACGACAGCGCUCAAGAGGUGACCAAAGAAGAUGGCAAAGAUGACGACGAAGAAUACGUCAGCGUUGGCAGCAGCGCCAACAGCGAAAAUGAAGACCAAA